AUUAUCAGACACUUGGAUGUCCUCCACUUUGUGGCGCAACGAAUAUGUAUGUGUCGGUCGCCGAAGACCGAAGAACAGGAGGACAUUGUUUCGAUGCAGAGGAACGCAGAAGUUCUGGAGUUCUUCGAGGACUUCUACGCCGGCUUUCUUCAGAUUCUGCUCCAACUCUACAUACUUUUGCUUCAAUUGGCAAAAACAGACGGAUUCGAGACCAAAGUUUUGAUCGGUGAGCUGAUCGGCUCCGGGCUAUGCGUACUGUCGAUGAUGAUAGCCGUACGGCGUCGAGACGACGGCCCCCUCACCGCUGUCCUCUCAUUCGUCGGUUGGCUCUCACUGUUCGUCUCGCGUGUCAUUGUCUUCUCGCUCAUCGGUUCCGUGAUUGGCAUAUAUGUCAUAAUACUGGCGCUCAUACACGCCGUGUCC